AUGGUAUGUUAUAGGGAGAGGAGUCUUCGCAACCCAGAAUAUCCCUAUAAGUUACUCGGCAAGUACAAACCACGUCAAGCUGUUUUCUCCUUGUACGAAAAUCUGCUCUUCCAAUGCGUGUCAUUGACAAGCUACCCCAACAGCUACUGGCCAUCACCAACCGGCCGCACCACGACUCAAGCGAUUGCUCUCGGGCUCGGCAGCAUGUUCAACCACUCGACACUCCAGCAGAACAUUGGGUGGAAGCGAAACACCCAAACUGGCGUGAUCGUGUACAGUGCGCUCCGAGACAUCAAAAGCGGAGAGGAAUUGUGCAUUUCGUAUGGAAAUGCAAGGCUCUGGUUCCCUGACGCUGACGCUGACGCGAAUGCAAAGGCGGCCCGGUGUAAUGGGGCCAUGGAAGACGGAGCCGGCGAACCCCCCACAGAGAUGGAAUUGAGCGGGCUUGGUAAAAUGGAGCUGUAG